AUGGACGGUGAGCAAGAAGGGGCAUUCAAGCCUCGCGGCAUCAGAAGCGGUCGUUCGGCCAAACGCAAACGGGAAGCUCAUCAGAGGAGGCAGUUUAUUUUGCAUCCUGAGCAUUACAGUGAUCCAUCACAGGUUCCUGUGGUGCAUCAAGGGGGCCAGCAGCGACCUUUGUAUACACUGCCGACUUGGGAGCCGCAUUACACCUCGGACGAAGAGGAGGUUGAAGUGGUUCAAGUAAUAUCUGAGCCUUCUUCUUCCUCGAAAGCACCUGCGCUCUCUGGUCCUGCGACUUCUCCCAAAUUGCCGCCGCCGAAGGCUGUGAUUCCUGUUGCCGUGGCUCCUGUGCCUGCUUUCCACAGGCUGGCGAAAGUUCCACCGGUAGUCAAUCUUCCUGGUGACUCUGCCGUUGUCAACCCACACACUGGAGUGAUUAGCCACUUGGAUCGAACGUCUGCGAGUCAGAUUCCCAAGGCCUUCGUUUUGGACUUCCACAACGUUCUGGAUCGCUUCUUUCCUGGAGGUGUCGCCUUGGGCAUGGAGUUGGCAUUCCCUACAUUUCGCCCACUCAGGAAUCCGAAAGCAGAAACACUGUUUCAGGCAGAUCAGGCCGAGUCAAAGGUGGAGCGGAAAGGCCUGGAAUUUCUUGAGGCUUCCAUGACCGCGGAGGUUCGGAUGGCUUUUGUUGUGGUGCAGGCGUUGACAGGUGUACAUGACAUGACUGAUGGGGACCUGAGGGGUGCGAGCUUUGACGCCACGAGACGGUACAGGACAGGUGCGGGCUGGCACGCCGGGGACGGCGGGACCCUGCCGGGCGAGGUCCGCCGUGCGAGGUCUCUGACGAUCCGCGGCAUCCGCCUCAACAGCGCGCUGCCGGCCGGCAGCGAGAUUCGGCUCCUGGCACCUUCAGGCAAUGGCUGCUACGAUGGCGGUCCUUGCUGCUACAGCUUCCGGCAGCCCUUCGACGCAUCCCAAGUGCUAAGUGGGCCAGCCCUGGACUUGUCCCGCAGCCGGACCGAAGAGCAGCUGAUGGUGUUGGUGUUCCAAGGAGACCUCAGCGGUGAUGACGGGGCACUGGACCUGGUGGCCACUAGGCUUUGUGGUGCAGAGAGCUGCAGAUUAGAAGUCUUGUCGAUGUGGCCGGCGCAGGUUGUCGCAGAGGCCUUGGCCAUAACGGCGGAGGGCACUGGCACCACUCCUUGGAAGCUGGAGACGCGGUCGGUGACUGGGAGAGUGCUUGGAGUUCAAGGAGACCUCGGCAGUUUCGACCAGCUGGCGGCGUUCGACUUCCUUGUGGUGACAGCUACCACCGCUGCAGCCGGUGCGGUCUUCGACCUUGCUGUCUUCUUCGCCAUGCCGGCGCACUUCGAUUUGCCUGGAGGCUCCCUGCUCCGCCUCCGGGCGCCCCUCGGCGCGGCCUUCGCCACUGGCGCCACCGGGCUGGAGCUGCCCACUGCCGUGCGGCUUGGCUUUUGGUGCGGCUUGGCUCGGCUCGCCUCCGCCACCCGGCUCAAAGUUCUUGGGGUGGCCAAAACAGAACCUUACGGGAGCGGACAGGUCCGCCCGAUGCCACCCAAGACCUCGUGCCUUGCGAGCGCCGAUGCCCGGACGCUGACGAUCACGCUGGAUCUCGAUGGCUUGACGCAAGGCGCAACGUACGCUUUCCAGUGGCCAGCUCAGCGAGUCGUGGGCCAAGAGGCCUCCUGGCGCCCUUUGACCGCAGCUGGGGCGACUGGUCAUUUUGCAGAUUUGCUGCUGGCAGACGAGGUUGCUUCGGCGCCGCGCCUCGGCAGUUGGAGCUUGGAAGCUCUCCGGGCCGGCAAGCGACUGCUGAAGUCCGAGGUCUUUGCCACGGGCCUGGAGAUGAAGUCCUUGAGCCCUGUGUGGCUGCUUCCCAUGCGGCCCUUCUACGGCCAGGAGUGCCUGGUCUUUGUCGUCUUCUCCCUCGGCGGAUUUGCGUUUGCACCGACGGCCCGGCUUAGACUCAAGCUGCAGUCCGGUCAAGCGGGUGCUACUGAGCGCCUUCGCUUCCUCAGCUGUGAGCGCCAGGAGGCGCUGCUGCGCCAGGGCGCUUGGGCGCAGCCGCUGGCGUUUGGAACGGAGGCCUUCGUGGCCUCACAGACUGGGGGAAGCCUUGCUGGGGACUCGGCUCUGGCCACGGUGGCCUUCGAGAACUGCGUCCUGGGCCAAGGUGCCUUGCAGAGCAACGAAAGCUCCAUGCGGAGCUUCGAGGAGCUUCAAAGCAGCUGGCUUUCAGCAACAGGACUGGAGAUGACGCUGGAUUUGCAAACGCAACUGGACCCUGCAUCGGAACAGUAUCUGCUUGUGAUUGCUUUGCUGAAUCCCCCGCGGUCCAGUGGUGUUGCAGAGGACCAAAUGAUAAUCGAGGUAAUCGACGGAUCUGGCGAGGGUGAGCGAGCCGCCGCCCGGUCUCCAGAUCUUCGCACCUAUGCUUUAGCAAGCGAGAUGAAACUGACACACUGGAGCCACAGCACGUCUUACACUUCAGCCUGGAAUCAACUGAUCCUGGAAUUCCAGCCGGUGACCGUUCUUUCAGACAGACAGGCCGAAGCUGUGGGCUUCUUGUUGCUGGCGCCGCCCACCUUCGUGUUCACAGAGAAAUCCUGCGAAGAUCUGGUUCUCCAACGGACGCUGAUGUCAGAAGACCUUCAGACCGGCGAACUCACAAGCCGGCCGCUAUUCCUGGAGGAGCGACCGGGCUGCGAGGUUGUUUCUUCGGAGUGGUUGCGGGAAGGGGGGUACUACCAGCACCAGCUGACCAUCUUCCUUCCUCCACUUGUUGGCUUCCGAACGGACUUGCGCUACCGCCUGGAGGUCGCGGUGCGGAAUCCGCCUCUGCCCUUGGGCGCCGACCUCCUGAAGCGCGCGCUGCGCGACAAGACGUCGCCGAAGUUCUCCACGUCGCCAUUCUUGGUUGCGGCUCUCAAUGUUUGGCGAAUCUGCACAUUUGUCUGGGCGGCCGGCGACACUGGCAAAGGCGAUGUGCCGUUCGCAGUGGGCAGGGGAAUGGCAGCCUUUGGUCGCUUGGGGGGCAUCUCGAAGGUUGACGAGGUGGCCUGGAAGGGUUUCGACGUGGUUGUGAACACCUGA